AUGGACGGCAAGGACGGGGACACGCUGCAGCAGGGCCCAGGAGGGACAGCGAGAUGGCCGGCUCAUGCCACGUCCCGCAAGGCGCCCCUCGGCGGGGUCGCCCCGUGCCCGCCCCUGCCCGGCCCGCCGUGGUUCCGCCUCCGCCGGGCUCUCUCCGUACUUGCUGUGGCGCCGCUGCCGCGGCCGAGGCCCCGGCCCCGAAAGAAGCCCCUGCCGCGGUUCCGCCCGCUGCCGCCCCGCUGCCGCCCGGCUCCCGCCCCGUGGCCCACAGCGUCGCCGGCAGCUUCCCCGCUCCGAGCUCCGCCUCUCGCCAGCUCGGCCGCCGGCCCCGAGCCGCCGCAGCCCGGGCCGGCUGGGCAAGCAUCAGCGCGCAGGGCGGGCGGGGGCCCCGAGCAGAAGAGCGGGAGCGCGGUGCUGCCCGCACGGGCGGAGAAGCCUCCCCUAGAGCAGCUCUACAGGGAGGGCUCGCUGCUGGGCAGCGGCGGCUUCGGCAGCGUUUACUCCGGGACCCGGCUCGCCGACGGCGCCCCGGUGGCCAUCAAGCGAGUGUCCCGGGACCGCAUCUCGGAGUGGGCGCGGCUGCAGAACGGCGCCCUUGUGCCUCUGGAGUUGGCACUGAUGUGGAUGGUGUCGCGGCCUGGCUUCCGCGGCGUCGUGCAGCUCUUGGACUGGUUCGAGGUGCCCGAGGGCUUCGCGCUGGUCAUGGAGCGUCCGGAGCGCUGUCAGGAUCUCUGGUACUUCCUGCACGAGCGGCGCUUCCUGACGGAGCCCAUGGCGCGGGGGCUGUUCCGGCAGGUGCUGGAGGCCGUGCGGCACUGCAGCAGCCGCGGCGUCCUGCACCGCGACAUCAAGGCCGAGAACGUCCUCGUCGACCUGGCCACGGGCGAGACGAAGCUCAUCGACUUCGGAUGCAGCACGAUCCUCCAGGACACGUUCUACACCCAGAUGUCAGGAACGCCGGAGUACAGCCCACCGGAGUGGAUCCUCUUUGGCUGCUACCAUGGCCAGCCAGCCACCAUCUGGUCCUUGGGCAUCCUGCUCUAUGAGCUGGUCUGUGGGCACCUUCCUUUCCACACCAAGGAGGACAUCGUCCGGGGCCAGCUCUGCUUCCCCGCCCGGGUGUCUCAAGAGUGCCAGCACCUCAUCAGGUGGUGUUUAUGCAUGGACCCCACAGACAGACCAUCCCUGGAGGACGUUUUUGAGCAUUCUCGGCUGCAGGAGCCCUGCCUGGCCUAGGAGACAGCAGAGAUGCAUCUCUGUGCACAGUAGGAUCCGGGAGCCCAGCAAGCACCAGCAGCACACGUCCCGUGGCGCUGGAAGAAAAGCCCGGAGCGUUUCCCUGCAGCUGCGACGCGGAGGAGAGAGCACAGCCGAGGAGAUGCUUCCGCUGGUCCCCGGCGAGCUGUGGAGGGAACAGCUCUGAGCUCCCCAUCCCAUUGGAGAAGUGGUGGCAGUGCAGUGAAGGUGCCACGGACUGGGACAGGGGAAACAUCCCCCUGCAGCUCAAUGGCAUUGUGAUGUCACCACAAGCCGAGGCACAGCCGGUGUGUUCUUCUGGAGGAUGACGUGGAGCUGGGAACACCAUCCUGGAGCUGGCCGCUGGCAGGGCAGAGCCGAUGGGCUUUGGCUGCGGCCCCUGCCUGGAGGACACGCUCUGCGCCACGAUGAAAUCAAGAUGAGUCCCCAGCCAGCGCAGGGGUGGGGGGAUGCUGGUGCUUCCAGGCAGGGCAGGGCUCGGCCUGGCCCUGUGCCAGAGGUUCCCUGCUCGGCAGCGCUUGGGAAUAUUAUUUUUUCUGCCAGCCCCUGAGCUCCUUUUUGGCGGGACAGGGGACAGAUGUUGUGGAAGGGGAGCCGACUGCUGGCCUUGCUGACAGCUUCUGCCAGCCAGCCUGGCAGGGGGUGAGGCGGGGGCAGUCAGCCUGACAAAAGCAUCCAUCCAUGUGGAUGGGGGAUGGGUUCCGGAGCCGUGCCCCAGCUGGUCUGCUUUGCAGGCCCUUGAGGAAGGGGCGCGUUUAUGCGUGGGAAAGGUGAGGAUUUUCCCCAACAGUGGGCAGGUUUAAUUCUCGCAUGGAGUGGUCAGACCCUCCUCAGGCCUGUGAAACGGUGACAGGCUUUGUGCUUUUUCUUGUUUCCAGGCCUUGUUUUGAAUUGACUUCCAUGCAAUUGUUCUCUCUUUUUCCCAGGAGGAUUACACCUGGUGCCCAGACCGGAUGGGGAAGCGCCUGCAGCGUCUGUGGAGCACGUCCAGUGGCAGCACUACC